AUGACAGUUCCAAGUCAUGAGGUGGAUGAUCAUCAUAAAGGAAAAGGAGUGGAAGAAAAUAGGUUCUUCAAGAAAACUGCAAGUAAAAGAUCCAAAACGCCAACACCAAGUAUAAAUCAAUUGUCCAGAGAUCCAAGCAGGAGAUGCACAACACCUACACCUUUCUCAAGAAAUUUGAGCAUUAGAACAAACUCUGAUUCUGAUAUAGAAGCUUCGACACUAUCAAGAAUUAUGAGCAGAAGAAGGGCCUCUGCCACCACAUCAACGAGCCCUUUGGCUUCUCCAUCAGGACAAAUGAGCAGCAAAUGCAUCUCUGAGCCUCAAACUCCAAAGCUUUCAGCCUCCCCAUUAAAAGAGGGGGGUUCAGCAUCUCUGUCUAGGAGCACCAGUGGAAGGUCGACGACAUCAAUCAUAUACUCACAAUCAAUAGUGAGGCGAAAACCCCCGCCAGUUGAGAUGAAACUUGAGUGCACUCUUGAGGACUUGUGCUUUGGAUCAGUCAAAAAGAUCAAAAUUACUAAAGAUGUUAUCAGGCAUCCCGGGAUCAUUGCGCAAGAGGAGGAAAUACUAAAGAUUGAAGUAAAACCAGGAUGGAGAAAAGGAACAAAGAUUACGUUUGAGGGAAAAGGCGAUGAGAAACCUGGAUACCUUCCUGCUGAUGUAGUCUUCUUGAUUGAUGAAAAGGACCAUCGUUUCUUCACCAGAGAUGGUGACAACUUGGAAGUAACAAUUGAUAUUCCUCUGGUAAGUGCUCUCACAGGUUGCUCCAUUCAAGUUCCUUUGAUAGGAGGAGAAACCAUGACUAUGUCAUUUGAGGAUACUGUCAUAUACCCUGGAUAUCAAAAGGUCAUUGAGGGUAAAGGAAUGCCUAAUCCCAAACAAGAAGAUGGAAAAAGAGGCGACCUCCACAUUAAGUAUAUCAUCAACUUCCCCAGAGAAUUAAGUGAUGAACAAAAGGAAGAAGCUGUUACUUAUCUAAAGGAUUGUAGUUAA